ACAUAAGAGGAAGCAGUCAGAAUCGAAGAGAGCGAGUGCAUGUUCAACAAUACUUUAUCAUGUAGAUGGCAGUUCGUCAUGUAAUAGUUGGUCAUAGUAUAACCGUAACGCAAAGUGAAGGUGUUAAACUUACAAACAACGCAGACAUUGUUUCCGUAAAAGUGCCGAUAUAUGUACUUAUGUAUAUCGAAGAGAAUAAUCAAAUUGUUACAAAUAGCAAGAACAUUCAUUGACUAAAGGAUAGCAAAACAUAGGGGCUCGAGCUUGAUGUUCUGCUAUAUUGACAAUCAUGACACGGUUGAGAGGCAGAGCCUCUUUAAUGGUUAUUAUAAUGAUCAGUUUUACGCUCCUGAUAGUUAUUUAUCACAUACUCGGUAAUGAGGUCGAGAAUAUUGUACCUAAUAAAUUAAAUCCACGGCUAAAAAUCGAGGAGGUUUAUCCAUUGAGCGACCUCACUGAGAAUCCUCAAAAUGUUGCCCAUAGACAGGAAAUUGAGGCUCACAUAAUGGGAAAGGUGAGAAAUGGUGGAGGAAAAUUAUUUAACGAGUUGAAGUAUGGCAAAUCCAAUGGAGAGAUUCCUUUGUUCAAAGGACAUAAAAUUGUGCACCUGGAUUUGAAAGGUGCUCCUCCUAAAGUGAGCUAUUACAAGUACCUGUUACGUUUGCUCAAGAAAUUAGGUGCCACUGGUAUACUCAUAGAAUACGAAGAUAUGUUUCCCUAUGAGGAACCCAUACAAAAUAUUAGUGCAGGCAAUUGUUAUACCAGAAAAGACAUCGCUAAUAUUCAAAAGAUAGCUAAAGAAAAUGAGCUUACAGUUAUACCAUUGAUUCAAACUUUUGGUCACUUGGAGUUUGUUCUUAAGUUAGAAGCGUAUAAAGAUUAUAGAGAGGUACCUAGAUAUCCACAAGUUGUAUGUCCUACUUAUAAUAAGACUCUUCCACUUAUAUACAAGAUGAUAGAACAAAUUGUAGAAACUCAUCCUGAUAUGAAAUAUUUGCACAUCGGAGCUGACGAGGUAUACCAGAUAGGAGAAUGUUCCAGAUGUAUGGACACCAUGUUUAAAAGAAAAUGGGGUAAGAAACAAUUGUUCUUAGAUCAUGUUUCAAAAAUAGCAAGGCACAUCAGGAAUAGGUAUCCUGGACUUUCGGUUCUCAUGUGGGAUGACGAAUUUAGAGAGAUAUUACCUCAAGAAAUAAUAGACAGGGGUUUACACUUAAUGGUACAGCCGGUUGUUUGGAAAUACACGACGGAUCCUGAGGCAUCUUUAACGGAUCAAUUGUGGGAGAGCUAUGCAUCAGUUUGGAAAGAGGUUUGGGUUGCUACAGCCUUUAAGGGUGCCACGGCGCCAGAUCGAUAUUAUACCGAAAUCGGUUAUCACAUGGAGAAUCAUCAACGUUGGUUGGAAAUUAUUAACAGAUAUUCCAAUCAGAUUACGUUCAAAGGUGUAAUGUUAACUGGAUGGCAACGAUAUGAUCACUUCAGCGUACUUUGUGAACUCUUGCCCGUUGCCAUACCUUCGCUUGCGGUAAAUUUAGCUAUCCUACAAGCUUCAGAUUUAACCGGACUUCCAACUGAAACUCCGACUUCGGUGCUGCAAGCGUUGCAGUGCGAGGGCAUUAUUACUUUGAGUAUUCCAGAGCCACAAUAUGGAUGGACUAAAUGUAGCUAUCUUGGCAUGUCUGUUUAUUCAGCUAUGCUACGAUUGUACUCUUUGGUUCAAGAAGUCAGUAAAAUGGAGCAAGAUAACACUUUCAAGGGAUGGUUGAAAUCGUACAAUUUGAAAUAUUCAUUUUCGAAUCCUAGCCACGUCGAAAGAGCGGUCGUCGAAUUGGAUAGACAUAAAAUGGAAAUAAUGUACAUCGAGAAAGAGAUAAGAUCGGCCAUGGAAAACAUAUACGAUAAUUAUACUGUACAAGAGUGGUUGGAAACGUAUGUUUCACCUUUGAACGACAAAUUCAAUCAACUGUGGGAAGCCAAAGAAAAGAUUCUCGAAAAGAAUGUAUGGCCACGAAGACCAUUGACUAAAUCAGAUUUAUAAGAUGAGAAAAUAAUUUCCAUAACAUAUAAUAAGAGACUGAACACGAACGGUGUAUGUAUAUAGUAUAUAUUAAUCGAGGCACUUAAAAUUUUUUUUUCCAUAAGAAUUAGUAAUUUCGAUAGUGUAUAAAACUCGAAGAGUGUAUAAAAUCGAUCGAACUUAUAACUUUGUAGUAAAAAUGUGUCUGUCGAUUGGAAUUUGCGUUUUACCGUUCGUAAAUGAACAUCGUUCAUUCAAUCGUAACUAUUGUAAGAAUGAUCUUUCUGUAAAUCAAAUGACGGAGAUAGGAAUGAAAGUCUCUGGCAACUGGACGGUUUCUGUGUUAGUGUACCUGAGGUACGAAUUAAAAUUAUGAAUUUGUACAUACCGUUCCCAUAUAAUUAACGGAGCGUUAAUUCGAAAACUGAUUUCAAAGUUGAGUACUAUUGUGUUGAUUAUAAAAAUCGUUGUCGUCGGAAAUUCUUACUGGAUUCCUAAUGAAGAUUCACAACAUAAUUUAUACCCUAUUCAUUAACAUGUGCUUACCUUUCGAUGCUUCCAAUGUGCGUUUUCCCGUUUAUCUCAUUCUUAAAGCUAAUCGUUUUGUAAAUACGCACAUUUACCUGUUCUUGUUUAUAAUUGUUAAAUGCGUUUCGUUUUUGUAUAUUUAUUUUUUUGUACAUUUAUUGUUUUCUGCAUAACUAGUGCCAUUGUUAAUUAAACGUAGAGAAAAUUUAGUGAUUUGGAAGGUUUAUAAAAAUUAGUAAUACUGCUGCGUGGAAUAAUUCUCUCAUUUGCCAUCUUAUUUUACUUAAUCUUACGAUAUUUAAAGAUCAAGUACGGCGUUUUCUCCAUACCGUGAUUGUUUGUAUGAGAUUACCGUACAAUUGUGUUUCACGAGUAACUUUGUAUGUAUUAAAACUAUCAAAGACUCGUGUAUAUACGAAUUCGGUGCAUGUACUCAAUCAACAGUGUAAUGUACAUCAUUAUAAUGUAUCAUAUUACUAUUAUUAUAAAAGUAUUUUCAUCA